CGACAACACGAGACGCGCAACCUUCCAGAACAAGAUCCCAUACCGCCGUGAAAUGCCAUUACCGAACCGAUGCCUCGCAGCAAGCUGCCCUUUCGAUCGAGCUCUGUCAAGGCGAUGGGCUCUAACCUUUUCUCCCGAAACCGUCGCGAAGAUGCACAAAAGGACUUGACGAAGCAAUCGGGCGAGCCACGGCGUCGUCGAGCGUCUAUUUCUGCGGGCGAGCGCCCGACUCCGGAAUUCCAGCGGCCGACUGUGGCGAAGGAAUUUAGGUCGCACCAGGAAGUUCAGAGACCGACGAUGCCGCCUCCAUCAGCUUCAUCCAGCAGGGUUCGAAGCCCGCCACGACGGGAGUCUCUAUCUCGAGGCUCCGUAUCGCCUCAUUCUCGCCAACGAAUGCCAGGAAGCGGAGAUGGCCACCAUAGUCGCCAGUCGCGAUCGCCUCCUCGACGUAGGUAUUCCUCUUCGGAAAUCCCUCGACCACGAGAUAUGACACACCAACCUCAAUCGCCAGUACCCUCGCGAUCGCAGCGGAGCGAGAGUCAUGAACGGCGAGAUCGACACGGGUAUGGAGGUGCAGCAGCUACAGGUGUACCUCCGUCCUCUCCACAUCUUGCGCCUAAAUCUGAAUGGAACGCCUCUUCAAGGGAGGCCCGGCAGGAGGCCCGACGCUAUCCGCCUUCAGCAUCAGCAAAUAAUAGGCCACAGCCUGCGAAGCGAGGCAGCUCUCCCUAUCAUAGACCGUCUGCUGCCUCGGAUAGACAUCGCUCUGCCUCCGUAGAUGGCUAUGAUAGAAAUUCCCAUUCUCAGCAUAGCUCUGCCCAGCAGCCAAUCUCGCCCUCGCGCCGUCCGAAGCAUGAGCGCAGGGGCUCAGACAGCUUCUUUAACAAGUUCCCAACGUCAUUUGCAACAUACGCGGGGAUUCGGGCGCUCUCUGAGCAUGCCGACAAGGCAAAAGAAUGGGUAGAGUGGUUCAACAACGUGAACGACGCCCCAGAUGAGAUCCGCGCUCUCUCUACUAGGAUUUCCACCACGCGUGACACCAUUCAACAAAUGAAAGAGUGCUUAGAGGCUAGGCCGGACCUUAUUGAGGACGAAACCGGACAGGUCCUCAAGUCUCACAUUGAAGACGCCAUUGACAGCACAAGUGAGACAUUGAAAAAGAUGACGAAAUUGCUGGCGAGUUUUUCCGGCGCUGCCAAGCAGGAUAGCACAGCUCUUGGCCGCCUAGAGGGCUUCUGGCAUUCAUACAAUUAUAAGAAUGAGGGUGAGGAGCAGAUUAAGGCUGCUGAUGCGGAGCUGCAACAGCAGUUAUUACAACUCGGUACUCUCAUGUCGAAUAUCUACGCGUCCGUCUCUUCCCUCCUUUCCCGUUGCCUUGCUAUACUAACGAGCAGCAGUCGAGCUUUGAAGAGACCAUCACCGGGCAUCGCUACACCGAAUGCACCCACGCCCCCUCAAUCUUCUGCUAGGCUUAAUCCAACCAUAGACGCAUCAAUACCGAUGCAACAGCCGGCAGCCUCAAUACCCAACCGACCUCCUCCAUCACCACAGCUGUCUCCUAAAUCCAAAGGACACUUUGAGACAACGGGAAUUCCUCCAAAAGUCGUGCCGAACCCACCGACUCCUCCUCGCUCAGAACCAUCCGUUGAGCAGCCUCCGUCACAUGGCUCCGCCAAUGCAAGCACAGCGGGACUUGAUUCGCAUAAUACAAAUCCACCUCCGAAUCCAAAAGAUGUCUUACUGGAUGCUGCGUGGGAAGGCGAUGUCAAAACUGUGGCCAAUUGUCUGCGCCAAGCGCCUCCCGACUCAUGCGAUCCUCAUGGACUCACACCGCUGCAUCUCGCCGUCGAGUGUGAUCACAUGGCCGUCGCCAUGUAUCUUCUUGAUCAUGGCGCGGAUGUUCACGCUCGUGCUGAUGGUGGCUGCAUGCCUCUUCACUUGGCUGCGCGUUAUGCAUCUGCUGCUACUGUAGAGAUGCUCAUUGAACGCGGCAAGGCCGAUCCGAACUGCCAGACCACUGAUGGAAGAACGCCGCUUCAUUAUGCUGCUAGAUCUGCCGAAGAUGGAGAGGCAGAGCGACGAGAAGUGAUCCGCGCAUUACGCGAUUUAGGGGCCAAUCCUACGAUCCGGAAUAGAAGAGGCGAAUUGGCCAGAGAUGUGGCUCAGAAGAGAAACUACUGGGAUGCGGCUGCAACAUUGAGUAGAGCUGAACAUAAGUGGGAGCAACAACAGCAGCAGAAGCAGCGAGAUCAAAUACAACAACAACAACAGCAGCAGCAGCAGCAGCAGCACUUGCAAAAGCAACAGCAACGUGAAGAGCAGCAGCGAGAGCAAAAGUAUCAACAGCAACUUAGAGAAACAACCACAAGAAACACAAGAGAGAGCAAUCCACCAAAAAAGGAGGGUAGUUGGCUGCAAAGAUAUAGGCUCAAGAAAUAACGAAUUACGACGGCUUUGAUUAUAUAUCUUCUCUUCAUAUAUAUUCAAUUAUGACAUGGAAUGCAUAGAUAUGGCGCAGUUUUUUUUUUUGGUGCGGGCAUACGUUUUUCUAUAUACAUGUAAUUACCUAUACACGAGCGAUGAUCAUAUCUAUUAUCUAUACCAACUAGAUUAAUGCCAAUUGUUUUUGGUUCUCUUC